AGUCUCUGCUGUCACAUGACCGCUGGUGUGUUGUGUUCCUGCAGCUCUGCGGUUCACGCGGGUCAGUACAGCGCUCCUCUCCCGGCCGUGGCGAUCGACUGUCACGAUGAUAAAGAGAACAUCCCCAACGAGUCUGACUACGAGGACCUGCCCAGCAUGUAUAAGGAUGAAGAGCAGGAGGAGGACGACGAUGACGACGAUUCGCUCUUUACAAACGCACUGGCCCUGAAGAUCUUGAGGAAGGACUCUCUGGUGGUGAAGCUGAGUAACAGACCGUCUCAGAGAGAUCUGCAGGAGAAGAACAUCUUACCUGUGAAGACGGAUGAGGAGCGACUGCAGUCCAGACAGCUCAUCGGCACCAAACUCACACGGAGACUGAGCCAGAGACCCACGGCUGAAGAGCUGGAGCAGAGGAACAUCCUCAAACCUCGUAAUGAGGAGGAGCAGAUGGAGGAGAAGAGAGAGAUCAGACGCCGGCUCUCAUGCAAGGUGAGUGAGUGAGUGAGUGUGUGAGAGUGUGUGUGUGUGUGAGAGUGUGUGAGUGAGUGAGUGUGUGUAAGU